AUGUCUGAUCCAAAAUUUUGUGAGAUAUUCUGCAGAGGCAAACAUUGCCCUUACUGUUCGUCAACUCACCGCUUUAAAGCAAACGAGUGCGCCGUGCCGGGACUUUAUUCGACGUGGCAAGUAACAAUUGUUUUGACAUUUGAUUGGCAGGAUUACCGAUGAAAUACUGGCAACUGCGCGACCGUCUACGGAGAUUAUCAGAAAAAAGAACUUGAUAAGUGUUUUUAAACAGUAUGCACACUAUCAGUCUGUCCCCAUUCGUCUUAGACUUCAGAUUAAGACAAUCAUUAACAUGCAAAUACCAGGCGAGCAUCCGUACUGUGGAGAUGGCAUCAACAAAUCAGGCUUUUCCUACGAUCCUGAGGUCUUUAUGGAGGCCGGAAGUAGGUCAAAAUUUUAUCUUUCCUUAAGCAGAACAAUCACAGUUUUUUACUACAAUUUUGCAUGGAGGGACUACGAAGUAGGGUCCAUUCGAUGUGUGUUAGACGCUGUUAAAGUCAUGAUGUUUGCACUUGAGCAAGGACGAGUAGCUGUACAUUGCCAUGCUGGCUUAGGUUUUUAUAUUUUUUAA